CGAUGUCGACUGAAUAUGUUAAGACAACACAUGAUAAGUCUGAAGACAGAUUGGAUGGGCGAGAGACUUGCUGUAACCAUUUGGAAGAUCUUUCUGAGCAGUUGCUUAAAAGUUGUGAACUCAAAAGGAUACCAAGAAAAGGAAAGACUCAUCAAGUCUCUCAGAAAAAUGAUCUGGAACAGAGAAAACCAAAGAGAAAAGACACACCAGCAAUAAAUACACCUCCACCAAUAGCAGGUAUUCUUUCAGACCAUUUAAUCAAGAGCUGUGACCUCUCUGAGAAAUCACCAAAGAAUAAUGUUCAAAAAACAGAGCAUGAUCAGAAAAAACCAAGAAGAAAAAAUACUCCUGCUAUAAACACACCACCUCUACUUGCAGGCAUUAAGCUACUUAAAGAAGAUGAACAGACUAUGAUUGCUGAAGAUGAAGAAAAGGAGGCAGAAACAUCACCAUUUUAAGUUCCAGUCAGAUUGUCAUGGUUUUGUAAAUAAUUAUCUGCAAAGUCUUUAUAAAAAUGGAGUAGACUCCACGCAGCAUUCUUACAUAUAUUGCUGCUAAGUUAUAUUUCAUUAAAUAUAGUUGUGGAUCAUGUUUUUUCUAUAGGGUUAUGCCUUUCCACCAAAACAAAUCUCAGUGUGUCUUCAAUAUCUUAGGUGGUCAAAAAGCAAAAUCCACUAGCCAACAAUAACCUUCCUGAUAGACCCAUAAGACCCACUAAAAUACAUUAGUAUUGUACCUAAUCUCUCCCUCUCAGUCCUUUAUAUGCACAAUUAUGGAUUUAUUUUGCCAUAUUUGAGGACUGUUUUGUAAUAGAGUAAAAGUGAUCUUUUUUAUUUUACAUCAAAAUAUUUUUUCUGAUAUACAGUAACUAUUUUCUCAGUAUUACUUUGCAAUGUUUUUCUCCCCUUUCUUAUUUGAUCCUGCUCCUUAAAGGAAACUUUUGGUAAUUCAAGGGUACUUGGUAUCUCUAUCUACAAGCUACAUAAUUGCAGGAAUAAUAGUUUCAUUAUAGUCUCCUAAAAGUCAUGCCUGGCAGAAUUGAAUUCCAAUAUCUAUCACAUGUAAUAGCCAUCAUGCACACAUCCCUAUACCAUAUAUGAGAUAGUCUCCAUACCAACACUCAACCCACUCAGCUUUUCCACACUGUUGCAAUGUAAUUCACUUUUCACUGAUAAGAAACAUCAGACCCCUCCAAUGUACAAGGUAAUCAUAGCCAAUAUGUCCUUUCAUUUUACUCACAGAAUCUGCACUGUUUAACAAUAUUCUGUUGCAGCCAUUACCGUCUAUUGAACUGAUACAUGGGGGUUUCUUUCAGUCAACAGUUAUAUUUUGUACAUUACCCAUGUAAGCUAUUCCCAGCAUUGUACAUUCUAAUUUAUUGAACUUCAACCCUCAUAUAACUGCUUGGGAAUCUGACCCAUCCAGAGGACCUUAUCUUGUAGAUGGCUGAUCUGUAGGCAAAUCCUAUUCUGAUUUUAUGUCAGUUCUUGCCUAUUUCUUGAAGGAUAUAAAGGGGUGAAAGUGCAGUUCUAGAUAAGUGACACAGAUCACAGUUGUAAGAAAUCACCUUGCAACUGGAAGCAAUUUAGGAAAUGAGAACCUUGCUUGCUAUCUCUUAAAAUAUAAUAACGUUCUUGGAGCUUAAUGAGAAAGAUAUGUAUCUCUAUGGGCUGUUUACACUGAGGUUACACCAUUUACACACUACUGUCAAUGAUAAAGCAAGUCCAUAGCUGUUAAAGUUAAUCAGGUACUGCAGUUAAACGACGAUGUUUGUCUGUUAGCUUCAUUUGUGCAAAUGAUUUGAUUGCUUUUUCCCUCAUUAGCAAAUGAGGAUGUAAUGCAGCCUUCUGCAAACCACCUUCACAAAUUUAUAUUAGAAAAUGCUGUGCCAUCUGUAAAGGAGCUCUCUAGAAGUAAAGUGCCUGUAAUGUAUAUAUGCUAUAUAAUCUAUUAAGAUACUAGAAUAUAUGUUGUUUGAGUAGAUUAUUCUUUUAAUCUUCAGAUCUGUUUUAGGUGAGAAGAAACUGUUCUUCUGUUCAGCUUUUAUUUGCUUUUUUAGCUCAGUGCCAUGACUUUUCCAACUCAAGUAUACACUAUUAUAGAUGUUGUAUAUCAAUGUUCUAUGCCUCUUCGAUGGUCUUGGCUUGUAUAGUUUAUUACAUGAAGUGUGGCAAUGCUAUGGCUUUGUGUAUCCUUAUUCAAGGCAUACAGAAGAAUCUAAGCACUCUGCCAAUUCAGACCAAAGAUUUUCCAAGUCCAGCUUCCAUUUCAGAAGCAGCCAACCAUAUUUAAUGCUAUUUUGUUUGCUGUGUGUUGACUGGCAGUAAAUCUGUGUAGUCUCAUAAGAAGCCCCCUUUCCCAUUCCGUGUAAAGAUUACUGUGUCCAAAAUGUGAGUUAAAAAUCAAUCAGAAAAGUAAUUUUAUCCCUCCAAAAGGGCACAUGGUGAAAUAAAAAACAAGCAACACAAAUUUCAGUGGGGUCCUCUUUCCUGUCUCCCCAUUGGAUAUGUAUUUUUAAUAGUUACAAUUUAUUUCUGGGAAUUACAGUGAAAAAAUAAUUAUAAUGAGAAUUAAGUUAUUGAUUUUUGCAGUACAUAUAAGAUUCCACCCCUUACCCCACUACCAUCCCUGUCAACCAACUGGAUACAAUAUUACAAUUAAGACAAGAAAAGCAUUUCUAAGUUUGGUUUUAAAAAAGAGAAAGGAACAGAGAAAGUAGGGACCAGACUCUAUAUGAUAUAAUAAAAGAUAGUGCAUACAAGUUGUGAAAAUGUCCUAAGUUCACCAAUUUUGGUCUCUGAACUUCAGAUGAUCUCCUGUAAAUAAUUUGUUGAGGUGAUUUACAGAGCUUUAAGUUCCUGUUACUCUAUGUUUCUUCUUCAUGCAAAUAAACCAAAUCUGUAAAUUAUUUCUUCUGUUAUAAUCUAGCAAAAAGUCUGUUAUUUUCCUGUGCUUCCUUGCCUUCUCAUCUUCAAAGCAUUACUCUCACAAAGGACAAAGGAAAACAUGGCUCAGUAACUGCACAUAAAUAAUGCAAUGACUGUGUUUGUAUUAUUCCUGAAAAUUCUCUUCUGUCUGUUCUGUUCCAGAAGAAUUACAUGUAUCUUAAUAAAUGUCCUGAAUUAACAGAUUUGUUGGAUGUUGUUUCAUGGGCUCUGGUUAAAAUGAACAAACUGUUCACAUUAAAACAACUUAAUCAACACUGA